CAAGCCACUGCUCUCCCAUCCCAGUCCCUGGAAAUCCACCCACUUGGCCCAGCUCACCCCAACUCCAACCCACUGGGACCCAGUCUCCAGGGGCCUGACUGUGGGCGGCAGCCACUCCUGAGUGAGCAAAGCUCCCUGUCCUGCCUACAGCAGCAGCCUGUGCCCAGCCGUGUGUGUCUUCAAGUGCUGCCCACUGCCCUACUGGCUCCAGAAGGUGUCUCCUCCAUAACAACAGGGUCAGGGGACGACCAGAGCUGCACACCAGCCAGGUGGCUGCCAGGGCUAAGACUCAAGCCUGCCUGGCCCUGCAGAUCCCUUCCUGGCCCACGUAGUCACCGCCUGUGUGGGUACCUACUGUUCUGGUGUCGCCCAUCACUGGCUUCUGGGCUCCAAGAGGAAAGGUUCCUCCGCGGUGCUCUCCCGUCCAGAGCCCUGCUGAUGGGGAAGUCCGAAGGCCCCGUGGGGAUGGUGGAGAGCGCCGGCCGUGCAGGGCAGAAGCGCCCGGGGUUCCUGGAGGGGGGACUGCUGCUGCUGCUGCUGGUGGUGACCGCUGCCCUGGUGGCCUUGGGUGUCCUCUACGCAGACCGCAGAGGGAAGCAGCUGCCACGCCUUGCUAGCCGGCUGUGCUUCUUACAGGAGGAGAGGACCUUUGUAAAACGAAAACCCCGAGGGAUCCCAGAGGCCCAAGAGGUGAGCGAGGUCUGCACCACCCCUGGCUGCGUGAUGGCAGCCGCCAGGAUCCUCCAGAACAUGGACCCGACCACGGAACCGUGUGACGACUUCUACCAGUUUGCAUGCGGAGGCUGGCUGCGGCGCCACGUGAUCCCCGAGACCAACUCAAGAUACAGCAUCUUUGACGUCCUCCGCGAUGAGCUGGAGGUCGUCCUCAAAGCGGUGCUGGAGAAUUCGACUGCCAAGGACCGGCCGGCUGUGGAGAAGGCCAGGACGCUGUACCGCUCCUGCAUGAACCAGAGUGUGAUAGAGAAGCGAGGCUCUCAGCCCCUGCUGGACAUCUUGGAGGUGGUGGGAGGCUGGCCGGUGGUGAUGGACAGGUGGAACGAGACCGUAGGACUCGAGUGGGAGCUGGAGCGGCAGCUGGCGCUGAUGAACUCACAGUUCAACAGGCGCAUCCUCAUCGACCUCUUCAUCUGGAACGACGACCAGAACUCCAGCCGGCACAUCAUCUACAUAGACCAGCCCACCUUGGGCAUGCCCUCCCGAGAGUACUACUUCAACGGCAGCAGCAACCGGAAGGUGCGGGAAGCCUACCUGCAGUUCAUGGUGUCAGUGGCCACGAUGCUGCGGGAGGAUGCAAACCUGCCCAGGGACAGCUGCCUGGUGCAGGAGGACAUGGCGCAGGUGCUGGAGCUGGAGACACAGCUGGCCAAGGCCACGGUACCCCAGGAGGAGAGACACGAUGUCAUCGCCUUGUACCACCGGAUGGGACUGGAGGAGCUGCAAAGCCAGUUUGGCCUGAAGGGAUUUAACUGGACUCUGUUCAUACAAACUGUGCUGUCCUCUGUCAAAAUCAAGCUGCUGCCAGAUGAGGAAGUGGUGGUCUAUGGCAUCCCCUACCUGCAGAACCUUGAAAACAUCAUCGACAUCUACUCAGCCAGGACCAUACAGAACUACCUGGUCUGGCGCCUGGUGCUGGACCGCAUUGGUAGCCUAAGCCAGAGAUUCAAGGACACACGAGUGAACUACCGCAAGGCGCUGUUUGGCACAAUGGUGGAGGAGGUGCGCUGGCGUGAAUGUGUGGGCUACGUCAACAGCAACAUGGAGAACGCCGUGGGCUCCCUCUACGUCAGGGAGGCGUUCCCUGGAGACAGCAAGAGCAUGGUCAGAGAACUCAUUGACAAGGUGCGGACAGUGUUUGUGGAGACGCUGGACGAGCUGGGCUGGAUGGACGAGGAGUCCAAGAAGAAGGCGCAGGAGAAGGCCAUGAGCAUCCGGGAGCAGAUCGGGCACCCUGACUACAUCCUGGAGGAGACGAACAGGCGCCUGGACGAGGAGUACUCCAAUCUGAACUUCUCGGAGGACCUGUACUUUGAGAACAGUCUGCAGAACCUCAAGGUGGGCGCCCAGCGGAGCCUCAGGAAGCUUCGGGAAAAGGUGGACCCAAAUCUCUGGAUCAUCGGGGCGGCGGUGGUCAAUGCGUUCUACUCCCCAAACCGAAACCAGAUUGUAUUCCCUGCCGGGAUCCUCCAGCCCCCCUUCUUCAGCAAGGAGCAGCCACAGGCCUUGAACUUUGGAGGCAUUGGGAUGGUGAUCGGGCACGAGAUCACGCACGGCUUUGACAACAAUGGCCGGAACUUCGACAAGAAUGGCAACAUGAUGGAUUGGUGGAGUAACUUCUCCACCCAGCACUUCCGGGAGCAGUCGGAGUGCAUGAUCUACCAGUACGGCAACUAUUCCUGGGACCUGGCGGACGAACAGAACGUGAACGGAUUCAACACCCUUGGGGAAAACAUUGCUGACAACGGAGGGGUGCGGCAAGCCUAUAAGGCCUACCUCAAGUGGAUGGCAGAGGGUGGCAAGGACCAGCAGCUGCCCGGCCUGGAUCUCACCCAUGAGCAGCUCUUCUUCAUCAACUAUGCCCAGGUGUGGUGUGGGUCCUACCGGCCCGAGUUCGCCGUCCAAUCCAUCAAGACAGAUGUCCACAGUCCCCUGAAGUACAGGGUACUGGGGUCACUGCAGAACCUGGCCGCCUUCGCAGACACGUUCCACUGUGCCCGGGGCACCCCCAUGCACCCCAAGGAGCGAUGCCGCGUGUGGUAGCCAAGGCCCGGCCGCGC